AUGUCACUUCAUAAUAACGACAUGGAAACUGACAGAGGCACUGAGAGUUGGCAACACCUCUGCUCGACCAAGAGUAGGACUACACCAUCGACACUCGCAAAGGAACUACCAUAGUGUUUUUCAGCUCCGAUAUCCUACACUAUGUGACUUCCCUUCGCCGAAUUUCGAUUGGCAGAUUCGUUUCGUUGACGCGAGAGACACAAGGAUGACCUCGAACCUGAACAACAACGUGCCCGGCCUGGACAUGAAGGACCACAACUACCUGAAGUUCUACAUCGGGGUGAUGCGCGUGGGCCACAGGGUGUGUGUGGACGCCUUCACGUGGGGCUACCAGGGCGGCUCGGAACCCAUCAAGGAGGUUCUGUUCACGCUCCCGGGCUACAACAACACGAGGUUCCGGAAGGACUUCGACGGGUCACAGCGGAGGAAGAUAGAAAAUGGCGACCCGGUGGGAGAUUUCGACAUCACGCUGAUCUACAAGCUCAUGCAGAUGGUCUGUGGUCUCAAGGUAGCGGGCGAUUCGGACUGGGUCAGCCCCGAGUCCGAUUCCUUGGAGUACUGUCUCUACGCCAUCAAAACCAAGCGAAAUGCGGUGGCUCACGAGAAGCUGAAGCUGAGCCCGGAGGACACGGUGCUGAAGCUGGAGGAACUGAAGCUCUUGUUCACGAAGACACUGCGGAGGGCUGGCCAGAGGUUCGGCGUGGACGAGUCCGAGAUUCUUGCCAAGACAGCGGCGAUGGAGAGGGACAUAAUCGGCAUUCGAGACUCGCCUGUGCCACCCGCGACGGUAGCCGAGUACGAGAAAGAGAGGAGGGCGUACGAGCGCGAGUGCAUCCUCAAAGAGUGUUCGGAGGAGUUCGCUCGCCUGGCGGAGUGCGUGGCCCUGGUCGACAUCGCUGGGCGUAAAGUGAAUGUUUCAAAGAUAUUCACAUAUCCAAAACUUAAGCGCGACGAAACUCACAUAGUGCAGAGGCAGUUGACAGUGGCGGAAAGUUACGUUGAAAUUCCCGACAUUCUUACAGCGAGGGAUUGUGACGAAUCGAGACCUCAGGUGGUUCUGUUCUCCGCCUUAAGUGGGAUGGGCAAAUCGACCUUAUUGAAAUUCAUAGUGGACAGGAACUUGAGUGACAGGAAUGCCAUCUGUAACCUGGAUAGCUUUGAUGCUGUGCUUUACCUGGAGUGUUUAAACGUGGGAUUCAGUUCGCUUAGUGAGUUGUUCGGACUCUUGCUGCCUCGAACCUUUUCAAAAUACCAGCCGCAAGAAUUCCAACAGCACAUGUUUUCUCUGCGGAUUCUGCUGUUAUUGGACGACAUCGAGGCCCUUGACGCGAAGUCUUUCGGGGUUUUGGAGGAGUUUUUCAGGCUGAUGUCACCCGAGGCCCGCAUCGUCGCCACGGCCUCCCGGGAGAAGGCGAAGGAAAUCCAGAAGAGAAUUGUCACGCAGCACAAGAGGGUGUUGUUCCUUGAGGUGGAAGGGAUCCCUGACGACCAGACGGUCCAGCACGUUUGGAAGAUCAUGCAGCAUGGCAUCCGGAACGCAAGCAUUGACGAGGAGUGCGGCAAUAAACUCUACAAUCUGAUCACAGCCAAGAGGCCAUGUUUGCAGGACCACCUUCGGUCUCCCGAGGUCCUCAACGCGCUGGCCAUCUGCUGGGCCUUCUACCCAGAGCGCAUCAAUAACUCGACCACUGUGACGGAAAUCUUCAUCCUCAUACAGGAACUGAUCAGCCAGAAGGUCCUGCAGAACAUAACCCGGUCGCUGCUGCCGGGGAUGAUCACGAAGGCCAUCGUCAGGUCGAAGCUGAGUAACUUCCUCGAGACCCUGAGUCGGGUCGCGGCCAAGAGCUUGGUCAAAGGCUACAACGUCAUCGAACAGAAGGACCUGUUGACGCUCAUCAAGAAAUGCCGGAAGUUGGAGCUGGAGGAGGAGUCUCUGAUAUCCGCCUUUCUGAACUACACGCACGAGCAAGGGAGCAACGUUCUGAACUGCCCGAGGAACGUCGUCUUCGCCCAGCGCUCGACCAUGCAGUACUACGCAGCCAACUUCCUCUGCCGACGCUGUGUUCGGCGCCAGACAGCUCUUCGUGACCUGUUGCGUCUACAGGCCAAGGAAAUCGGUGAUGCCAUCGGGCCCAACCUGCAAGCAAUGGUGAAAUAUUUGCUGGGUUUGCUAGCAGUGCACAUGCCGGAGAGGCUGAAGGAGAGAGCGGCUGAAAUUGUGUCUUUGUUGAAGGACGCCGGGGUUGACAAGACUUCGCAGUGGCUCCAGUACAUCGACGAGGCCAAAGAGGAACCGACGAUAACGAGGGAGAUAUUGAACCAGAUGGGCGACGAGUGGAAGGUCGAGGACUUCGCCAUCUCGUCAACCCUCGUCCACAUCCUGAAGAUCAAAGCGCCGCGUCGACUCACCGUCACCGUGUGCGAGUCUGCUGCAAACUUCCCUCACUUGCGGGAAGUCCUCGAGAUAUGCUCGGAGACUCCCGACCUGACCCUCUCCCUUCAUCUGUACCAGCAUUUCUGGUCCGAAAAGUCAGAAACCUCAGACGAAUACCUGGACAUCGUUGUAGGGAAAUCCUGUUACCUGGAGCACUUCGCGGGACGUCUGAGCGCCGAGGCUCUGCUGCGCCUCCCAGCCUCCCUCCAACGCCUGGCGCUUCACGUGACUCCGGACAUGAUCCCGCCCCUUAACCAAACCCUCGAAAGGAUGUCAGACUUGGGUUUGCUCUACUUGAACCUCGACGCCUCCCCUGAAACGCCACCUAGCGAAAUUCAGCCUCUGAGGAUCCCCAGCGAGGACACACAACUCGUAGUGGACAUGUGGAGGGUGAAAGAGUCAAGUAGCGAGUGGUCUUGCCAAGUAGCACGCGCCCUCAGCACCUCCUACAAGCGACUGGUACUUCGAAGCAGUGAAUUGGACUUACAAGGAUGUCAGAAAUGGUUGGAAGGGCUUCGGCAGCGGGGCGUGAAGGCGUCGGAAAUCGUGGUCGGCUCAACGCACGCCAUGGCAGACGAUGGUAUUGAACACUUACAACAAAUGGCGGACGGUGUGGAGUGUUCAAAGUUCGUGUGGUUGAAAGUGUAACUGUACUUAUCGUGUGUUCUUUGUAUAUUUCAUGUUCGUCCAUCGUUUAUAGAGGUUUAUUGUUAUUUUAUUUCUCUAUCUAGUCUACCAUUGCGAUUAAUGCUUUAAUGUUUUUUAUAUGAUUAGUGAAAAUAGAUUUAUGAACGUUUAGAUUUUAUAUAUGUAUUAAAUGUAAAUAGACAUGAACGAGUUUAGAUUUUAUUUAUAUAUUAGAUGUAAAUAGAUUUUUAUAUCGAAAAUAAAAGACUGAUAC